AUGCCCUUUCUGCCCUUUCUGGUAUUUCUGGCGGGUCUAACGCUGCUGAUUUCCCGCCGUCGACGCAAAACCAUCCAGGACAGAGAGAGCCCCAAGGUGAUCGUUUCGGGUCGCACAUAUUCAGAGAGUGUAGGAGAUGACCCACUAUCUGUACGCGAUGAGAAGAUUGAGAAUGUCCGAAACGCUUGUAUUGUCGGUGCUGGGCAUGUCGGGGCAUUGACUGGCAUUAUCCUCGCUUCACAGAACCCCCAUGUACAGUUUCAUAUAGUUGAUGGCGAGUCUCGGCUCAUUGCGGCCUGGAAUUCGGACCGGCUGCCGGUCCUGGAACCAGGGCUGGACGACCUUGUUUUCGAUAAUAAGAGACCAGAUGCUUCAACUGAACCGUCAAGACGAAAUGAUUCCCCCGCAGAGACGAAUGGUUCGCCUGAAGUACAGCAACGACGAGUGCGAAAGCUGCGCAACAUUACAUUCUCCACCGACAUCCACGCCGGUAUAGUAGCAUCGGACCUGAUCUUUCUCUGCCUGGAUCCGCCUCUCGAUGGGACCUCUGAUGAUGCUCCCGGCCUGGACCUGAGCAACCUCCAAGCCGCUGUUCGGACCAUCGCCCAAGUAUCUACUGGCCACAAGAUCAUUGUGCAUCGAGGCACUGGGCCGUACGGAAUCGUUCAACGGAUCAAGAAGAUACUGAGGAAAACAGCCUCUCCAUCGGCCUCCUUCGACGUCCUCUCCAAUCCCGAGUUCCUGGUUCCCGGCACCGCAGUCCAAAAUCUGCUCUAUCCUAGGCGCCUGAUCAUUGGCCAUAUUUUCUCUGAAGAUAUGUCACCCGCGGCCUUGACUGCCCUGAAGCGAUUGUAUGCCUGGGUGCCGGACGACCGCAUCAUCACCAUGGAUGCAUGGUCAUCAGAACUGGGUAAGAUUGCCGCCGCUGCGGUGUUGGCUCAAAAGAUGAGCAAUAUGCAGUCAAUGAGUGUUAUUUGCGAGUCUACAAACGCAAACAUCACUCAUGUGGCGCGGAUUGUGGGAUCAAACCCGUUGACCCGCUUGGAAACGAGUGGAUCCAGCAUACAACGAGACGUGGGAUGUUUGGUGUACCUGGCUAGAGAACUCGGAUUGCCAGAAGUUGCAGAAUACUGGACGGCAGUGCUGAAGAUGAACAACUAUCAGAUACGGCGCAUUGCUCAGAGCAUUCUUGAUAAGUUGCCGGUUGAGACGGAGCAGAGAGAUGUGGCCGUGCUGGGAUUUGCUAGCAAGUGGAACACCAUCGAAGUUCGAAAUACGACCGCCGUGCAUUUGAUACGGCAUUUAACACGGAAUGGAGUCAAAGUGACCAUCUACGACCCUCAUGUUCCAAAAGAUCAGAUCGAGAGGGCACUUGGCUUGGUGAGUGGUCACCUGGAUGCUGUCACCGUCGUGGAGAAUUUGGAUUCGGCGUGUGCUGGAUGCAGUGCACUUGUCCUGCACACAGCUUGGGAGCAAUUCGCGGAGGAUCGGGUGGACUGGAAGGUGGCUGCAAAGCAAAUGGAGCCCCCCAAAGUUGUAUUUGAUCUUCCUGGGAUGUUUGAUCAGGAGAGGAUGGAGAAACUGGGAUUGCAGGUGGUACGUUUGGAUGUUGAUGUCCGCCCCAAGGGGGCUGACGCCUGA